CAUCGAUGGCGUGCGUCAACAACGUUGUGCCGAAAUCCGAUCAUGGUAAUAUUCGAUUUUCGUCUAGCCUUUCCACAUCUACUUUCUUGAAUGCUUCAGCGGUAGUGAAGGUAAGUUGAGUCUGUCCCCGCGCAUGCUGGAGGUCGCGCCGUGUUCAAGCGAUCAGGAUGUCAGGGAGGAUGAAGUUGUGGUGGGAGUCCCUCAGGCCGGCGUCAAGGUCUCUGCAUGCGCCGGGUGGACUUCAAAAAUGUACCUCUCGACAAGGACCACUGGCACGUAGCAAAGCUACCUACUCAACUCGAGCAACAACAGCAGAAAAGCUUGCCCGCCCGAAUUUACCUCUAUGGACCACAAGCAGAGCGCUACUCCUAGCAGGUGCACUCGCGUCCAUAGGCUAUGCAGUCGGCGUCAACGACGCUGGAAACCAUGCUCACGAACUGACCCCCCGUCCUCCAAAAUACGCCUCGAAGAAAGACAUGGACAAGGCGAUCAGCGAACUGCGCAGCCUUCUCGGCGAAGACGCAGUCAGCACUGACGACGAGGACCUCCAAGCUCACGGCUAUUCCGAAUGGUCGUCCAUCAACAUCGACCAAUUACCAGUGGCAGUGGCAUACCCCAAGAACACCGAAGAAGUCUCACAGAUCGCCAAAGUCGCCACGAAGUACAAGAUCCCCAUGGUUCCAUUCUCCGGCGGCUCGUCGCUGGAAGCCAACUUCGCAGCGCCCUUCGGCGGUUUCAGCAUAGACUUUGCCUUUAUGGAUCAGAUCCUUGCAAUCCAUGCCGAGGACAUGGAUGUCGUAGUCCAGCCGUCGAUGCAGUGGAUGGAACUCAACGACAAGCUGAAACACACGGGCCUCUUCUUCCCCGUGGAUCCAGGCCCGUCCGCAAAGAUAGGAGGCAUGAUCGGGACAUCUUGUAGCGGGACCAACGCUUUUCGCUACGGCACCAUGAAAGACUGGGUCAUUAAUCUCACGGUCGUGCUGCCGGACGGUCGCAUCAUCAAAACGAGACGGAGGCCUCGAAAGACGUCAGCAGGCUAUAACCUCACGGGUCUUUUUGUGGGCGCAGAAGGCACCCUGGGCAUCGUGACCGAGGCGACGCUAAAGCUCGCUGUCAUUCCUCAAGAGACGAAGGUGGCCGUUGCAACGUUCCCAACCAUUCGUGAUGCAGCUGCGGCAGCGAUGCAAGUCAUCCGGUCUGGUGUUCCCGUGGCAGCCAUGGAGAUCAUGGACGACGUCCAAAUGAGUGUGAUCAACAAAGCCGGCGGCACAAACAGGACCUGGAAAGAAGUGCCCACGCUGUUUUUCAAGUUUGCAGGCACCACAGCCGGAGUGCAGGAGAACAUCAAGACCACGACGCAGAUAGCGAAACGAAAUAAUGGCGGCGACAUCGUCUACGCAAAGACCGAUCAAGAAGCUCACGAUCUCUGGAAGGCCCGCAAAGACUCGUUGUGGAGCAUGCUGUCGCUGCGUCGAGAGGGCGACGAAGUCUGGUCGACCGACGUUGGUGUUCCAAUCUCGCGACUACCGGAUAUCGUCGACCUCUCUAAGAAGGAGCUUGACGACUUGGGCCUCUUUGCAAGCAUCCUUGGACAUAUCGGGGACGGAAACUUCCAUGCCUCGAUAUUGUAUAACCGGAAAGAUCCUGCCGAAAGAGAGCGGGUGGAGCACGUUGUCCACAACAUGGUGGAUCGCGCUUUGGAGAUGGAAGGUACAUGCACGGGCGAGCAUGGCAUCGGCUUAGGUAAGAAGCAAAGCUUGAUCGACGAGCUGGGCGUGGACACGAUCAAUGUUAUGCAAACGUUGAAGAGAAGUCUCGAUCCGCAUUGGUUAAUGAAUCCCGGAAAGAUCUUCGACGCUGUAAAUGCGGAAAACACCAGGAACCAACAUGAGUCAACAGCGGCCUCGACUCUGGAGCGCCCCAAAAACAAAUGAAUACCUUGUUUCAGCGGGAAUGUCUCGAACUAAGAUUUGCAUUGAUAUACG